GAUCAUAAAACUAACAAGUUAUAAACUAAACUAUAUCGUCAUACUUGGAUCAGGACUACUUUAUACCAGUGUCUUCUUUUAUUCCUUAUCACUACAAAACCCGACUAUUCAAACAAUAUUCUGCAAUACUCGUGUUUGGCUGUUUUCAUUGUCUUAUGAUCUCUGCUUUGGAGUGAUACUAGCUAAAACUUGGAGAGUAUACUACAUAUUUAAUAAUCCAAAACCAAAAAAGAAGGGAGUCAGAGAUUGGCACCUUUUACUGAUAAUAUUUUCAAUUGUUGCUAUUGAUGUUGUUAUCAUUCUUGUUGGCUCAACUCUACCCCAAUCAAGGCUGACCAGUUUUCAAGCUGUAGAUGGUGAACAUCCACAAGUUGUUAAUGAGGAGGGAAAGGUACAAAGGAAUUACGUCUAUGUUUGUAACAAGCAAAUUGGGACUAUCAUUUGGCUGGGGGUGUCAUUUGGUUAUAAAGGUAUCCUCCAGGUUCUUGCUAUUUUCAUGGCCUUCCAUACUCGCCGUGUGAAAGUGAAGCUGCUCAAUGAGUCGAUGGAAACAGCAACAAUCAUCUACAUAAACAGUAUCAUAAUAGUCUCACUCAUUGUGACUGAGUUUACUCUUCCCACACAUCACAAUAUCUACUCAGCACUCUUUGGGCUAGGACUCCUCAUUGAAGCAACGUUGUUUGUUGGACUCAUCUUCAUUCCUAAGAUGAUUCGUUUGUAUUUUGAUCCUCAAGGAGACAAUAUUUUUCCCCAGAAUACAACUGUUGCUCCAGCAACUUUGACAAACAACAUUUUGGAUGAAAAAGAAUCAUCUGAAGUUGUUUUAAAUUUGAAAAAAAGAGUAAAAGAAUUGGAAAGACAGCUUGUGGAGUUGAAAUGAACCAAAGACUCUACAUACAUAGUCUACAUACUGUACAUGCAUAGAUAUUUGGCAUUUUUAUUUGCUUAGGUCCAACAUUGUCAAUACUAUUUCAUUACUAGAUCCAGAGCUAGAAUAGUUAGUAUUAUGCAUGCCUCUCAUGGUUCUUCUUGUCUUGUUUUGUUGAUGUGUGUUACCAGUGGCUAUUAUUGUAUCAUGAAAAGAAAGACUAGUCAAUCCUGUUGCUUGCUCACUCAGUCUUCCUAUCUCAUAUUAACUCUCUGUUGUUACUAGUUUCAGGAGUUCUCACUGUAUCUUGCAUUGGAUCAGUUGUUGAAGGAUUUGAUCAUAUUCCAGCUUGUAAUAAGACUAAUCAUAUUAGUAAUAUUAUUGACAGUAUCAUAGGACAU